GGCAGCGGGCAUUGUGGGUCCUCUCGAGUUGCUCCGUUUCCGAGAAGCAGCUCCCGGCCUCCGCUACCCUGGGGACUUUGAGUCUCGCCGCUGGGUUCUCAGGAGUCUCUGGAAGCCAGAGACUGGAAGUUUUUGCACUGCAGGAAUCAGUACUGCCAGGGUGAAUACUAGAAUACUAAUUCUGCGUUGUGUUAGAAACGUGACCAUUUCUUUAAAAAGAAAUCCAUUCUGUAUGCUUCCUGAGACAGGAUCUGGGCCAGGCACUGUUUCUGCUGAGUAGCAAGCAGUCUGACCCAGGAGGUCAGAGCCGGUAGGCUAGCCUGUGUCUCCAGCCGGUGAUUGUACCUCUAAGUCAAACAAAAUAGAAGCUUUGGUAUUUAUGCAUCCGAAGGGAGGAAACACAUGGCUAGGAAGCCUGGAUAGACAUUCUCUGCGGGCAGAGUCCUGAGCAAGCUGUUUGUAAUUAGUGGUUUUAUAAUGAAAUGUGAGUCAGAGCUGGGACUCUGUUAUCCCUACUUUUGUUUUUGUUUUAAUAUGUUACACUUACUUAUCUGUGUGCGUCUACACCAAACAUGUGGCAAUCAGGACAGUUGUGGAGGUUGGUGUUCUGCUUCCGCCAUGCGAGCCAAAUGGCUUAACUUGGUUGUCAGGCUUGGCUGAAAGUGCUUUUACCUCUUGAGCCGCCUCACCUGCCAGCGCCACACACGCGCGCAGACACACACACACACACACACACACACACACCCUGUAUCCAGGCUGAGGAGAGACAGAACUCCUGUCCUACAGGACCAGCCCCAGAUAUAUGUGCAACUUGUGCGCUAGGAGUCACGACCAAGGUUUGGUUCUUGGAGGCUCCUUGGUUUUAACCAGAGUCAGGCACAAAUAGGUGCUCCCGGGGAAUUCACAGGGUGCUUGCUAGGAAGUGCAACAGAAGGUUUUGCAUGCCAGCACGACAGGUGGCGUGUCUCCUGCCAGGUACAUGUGGGGGUCAGUAUGAAGUUGAAAAAGCAGGUGACGGUGUGUGGCGCUGCCAUCUUCUGCGUCGCCGUCUUCUCACUCUACCUGAUGCUGGACCGGGUACAACAUGAUCCCGCCAGACACCAGAGCGGUGGGAACUUCCCCAGGAGCCAAAUUUCUGUGCUGCAGAACCGGAUUGAACAGCUGGAACAGCUGUUGGAGGAAAACCAUGAGAUCAUUAGCCACAUCAAGGACUCGGUGCUGGAGCUGACAGCCAAUGCCGAGGGCCCGCCAGCCCUACUGCCCUACCACACAGCCAAUGGCUCCUGGGCUGUGCUCCCAGAGCCCCGGCCUAGCUUCUUCUCCGUCUCCCCCCAGGACUGCCAGUUUGCUUUGGGGGGCAGGGGUCAGAAGCCAGAGCUUCAGAUGUUAACGGUGUCCGAAGACUUGCCGUUUGACAAUGUGGAGGGUGGCGUGUGGAGACAAGGCUUUGACAUCUCCUACAGCCCAAAUGACUGGGACGCUGAAGACCUGCAGGUGUUUGUGGUACCCCACUCACACAACGAUCCAGGCUGGAUCAAGACUUUUGACAAGUACUACAUGGAGCAAACCCAGCACAUCCUCAAUAGCAUGGUUUCUAAGCUGCAGGAAGAUCCCCGACGACGCUUUCUCUGGGCAGAAGUCUCUUUCUUCGCCAAGUGGUGGGACAAUAUCAGCGCCCAAAAGAAGGCAGCAGUUCGAAGGCUGGUGGGAAACGGGCAGCUGGAGAUUGCAACAGGCGGGUGGGUGAUGCCAGAUGAGGCCAACUCCCAUUACUUUGCCUUGAUUGACCAGCUCAUCGAGGGACACCAGUGGCUGGAGAGGAACCUGGGUGCAACGCCUCGCUCGGGCUGGGCAGUGGACCCCUUUGGGCACAGCUCCACCAUGCCUUACCUGCUGCGCCGUGCCAACCUGACCAGCAUGCUGAUUCAGAGGGUGCAUUAUGCCAUCAAGAAGCACUUUGCUGCCACCCACAGCCUGGAGUUCAUGUGGAGGCAGAUGUGGGAUCCAGACGCCAGCACAGACAUUUUUUGCCACAUGAUGCCCUUCUACAGCUACGAUGUACCACACACCUGUGGCCCUGAUCCCAAGAUCUGCUGCCAGUUUGACUUCAAACGCCUGCCCGGCGGGCGCAUCAACUGCCCUUGGAAGGUGCCGCCCCGGGCCAUUACAGAGGCCAACGUGGCAGACAGGGCAGCCCUGCUCCUGGACCAGUACCGGAAGAAGUCCCGACUUUUCCGAAGCAACGUCCUCCUCGUGCCACUGGGUGAUGACUUCCGCUAUGACAAGCCCCAAGAGUGGGAUGCCCAGUUCUUUAACUACCAGCGGCUCUUUGACUUCCUCAACAGCAAGCCUGAGCUCCACGUGCAGGCCCAGUUCGGGACCCUCUCCGAGUACUUUGAUGCCCUGUAUAAGAGGACAGGAGUGGAACCCGGUGCCCGGCCUCCAGGGUUUCCUGUGCUGAGUGGAGAUUUCUUCUCCUAUGCUGACCGGGAGGACCACUACUGGACGGGCUAUUACACCUCCCGGCCUUUCUACAAGAGCUUGGACCGAGUCCUAGAAGCCCACCUGCGUGGGGCAGAGGUUCUUUACAGCCUGGCUGUGGCUCAUGCCCGCCGCUCUGGACUGGCUGGCCAGUACCCGGUGUCUGAUUUUGCUCUUCUGACGGAAGCUCGGCGCACACUGGGGCUCUUCCAGCACCACGAUGCCAUCACCGGAACUGCCAAGGAGGCAGUGGUGGUAGACUAUGGAGUCAGGCUGCUGAGGUCCCUGGUUAGCCUGAAGCAGGUCAUCAUCAAUGCUGCUCACUAUCUGGUGCUGGGAGACAAGGAGGCCUACAAAUUUGACCCUGGGACACCCUUCCUCCAAAUGGACGAGAGCCGUUCAAGUCACGAUGCCCUGCCAGAGCGCACAGUGAUCCAGUUGGAUUCCUCACCCAGGUUUGUGGUGCUAUUUAACCCGCUGGAACAGGAGAGGCUCAGUGUGGUGUCCCUGCUGGUCAACUCCCCAAGGGUGCGAGUCCUUUCAGAGGCGGGCCAGCCCCUCUCUGUGCAGAUCAGUGCGCACUGGAGCUCGGCCACUAACCUGGUCCCUGAUGUCUACCAGGUGUCGGUGCCCAUCCGCCUGCCAGCCCUGGGCCUGGGUGUGCUGCAGCUGCAGCCAGAUCUCGAUGGGCCCUACACACUACCGUCUUCCGUACGCGUCUACCUGAACAGUGCGAAGCUGUCCAUUGGCAGGCAAGCAGCCUUCCCUCUCCGUGUCAUGGACUCCAGCCCCAGUGACUUCGCCAUCAGCAAUCGCUACAUGCAGGUCUGGUUCUCCGGCCUUACUGGGCUCCUCAAGAGCAUCCGAAGGGUGGACGAGGAGCAGGAGCAGCAGAUGGACAUGGAGUUCCUCAUCUACGGCACCCGCACCUCCAAAGACAAGAGUGGUGCCUACCUCUUCCUGCCGGAUAGCGAGGCUAAGCCCUACGUCCCCAAGAAGCCUCCUGUGCUGCGUGUCACCGAAGGCCCGUUCUUCUCAGAGGUGGCUGCGUAUUACGAGCACUUUCACCAAGUGAUCCGACUUUAUAACCUGCCAGGGGUAGAGGGGCUGUCUCUGGACAUGGCGUUCCUGGUAGACAUCAGGGAUUAUGUGAACAAGGAGCUGGCCCUGCGCAUCCACACGAACAUUGACAGCCAGGGUACUUUCUUCACAGACCUCAAUGGCUUUCAGGUACAGCCGCGGCGGCAUCUGAAGAAGUUGCCCCUGCAGGCUAACUUUUACCCCAUGCCAGUCAUGGCCUAUAUCCAAGAUGCACAGAGGCGCCUCACGCUGCACACCGCACAGGCCCUGGGUGUCUCCAGCCUCGGUGAUGGCCAGCUAGAGGUGAUCUUGGACCGACGACUCAUGCAGGAUGACAACCGGGGUCUAGGCCAAGGGCUCAAAGACAACAAGGUCACCUGCAACCACUUCCGCCUCCUGUUAGAACGGCGAACCAUGAGUCAUGAGGUCCAAGAUGAACGCUCUACCAGCUACCCAUCCCUCCUCAGCCACCUGACUUCCAUGUACCUCAACAUGCCUCCGCUCGCCUUGCCUGUGGCCAAGAGGCAGGCCGCCAGCCCGGCUCUGCGCUCUUUUCACCCUCUGGCCUCCCCACUGCCCUGUGACUUCCACCUGCUCAAUCUACGCACGCUCCCAGCUGAGGACACCCUGCCCUCGGCUGAUGCUGCACUCCUCCUACACCGCAAGGGUUUUGACUGUGGCCUUGAGGCCAAGAACCUGGGCUUCAACUGUACCACAAGCCAAGGCAAGCUGGCCCUGGGGAGCCUCUUCCAUGGCCUGGAUGUGGUGUUUCUACAGCCAACCUCUUUGACCUUGCUGUACCCUCUGGCCUCACCCUCCAACAGCACUGACAUCUUUCUGGAGCCCAUGGAGAUUGGCACCUUCCGCCUCCGCUUGGGUUAGGUUAGGGCUUCUUGUGGCCGGAAGAGAAAGUGCAUCCACAGAGACUGCCUCUUAGCACCAGGAUGGGUUGGGCAGGUCACACUAGUACCACAUCCUGUUCUGCCUCUUAGAACUGUGACGGACUGGGCUCUACCCUUACUUUGUCUAUUGCUGCUUCUGUGUUUGGGACAACCCGCACAUCGGUGGUGGGCAGAUGCCGGUGAGACGAGGGAGAGGAGGUUCUUUGGGUUGUGAAUAGGUACCCAGCAGGGCACAGGCUCAGGCUUCCAUUCUUUUUCCAAAAUGGGAUGUAGGAAGAGUCGGGGCAAGCAGAAGAGAUCAAGGAAGCUGAGGGAACAGCUCAGUGCCAGGUGACUGCACUUAGGAGCUAGCUCUGGGGGAGGCCCUGUGGUGACAGAGACCCCGCAUGUCCUUCUGCAAGCACAGGAGCAGGAAGAUUCUGGGAGAAGGGUAUAAGGUCCCAUUAUUAGUGAAGUAGAGGAGCGGAAGGAAUCCCUAGCUCUCCCAAGAGCCUAAGGACCUUGCUUUCCGCUCUGCCUCUGCUCUAAGUGCCACUGAGCCCGUAUGCCCAGCUAGUGACUGCUGGGUGGGUGGCAGGAAGGACUUGAUUGAGACUCUAAAUCAAGGCCAGAGGCCAUAGAACAUUUCAGGUGCCCGUGCCUGUCCUGCGCUGGUUUGUGGCAGGGGUGAGAAGUGUCUCCAUCCUCCCUGCCGCUUCACCUCACACACCGCUCUCCACAGGUCCCCGUCAUAGGGUUCUGGCCAAGUUCCUUUCCCUAGAAAAGAAACAGAGCUGCCAAGACCCCUGUGCUGGGUCCAGUGGCAGGUUGAGAAGGUUCUUCUUUGUUCCAUCUGCAGAAUUAUUGCCUUCCUGGUGUGUGGGACAAAGAAAAUGGAGAAAAAAUUAGGAGGCUGUAUGCUUCAUUUUAGCUUCAAUUAAUAGUGAAUUUGUCUAUAAAUGAUAAACAGAGAAUUGGUAAAAGUGAAACUCCAUCCCUUAUGAAAUCUUAGUAAGCCACGACUAGAAAGAAGCAUCGUCGUCCAGAUAAAGGUCCCUGUCACCAGUAACAAUGGCACCUGAAGAACCAGACAGCACAGGCAGGCUCCUGAUGGUCAGGAAUUAGCCGGGGGCGUGCUGUUAUUUAGCAGGGUCCCCAGAUCACUAACCCCUGCAGUUGAGCAGAUGGGGCCAAGGAAGAGUCCUGACGGCCACUGUUUUUAAACCACAAGCUACCUAGAAAGCAGUGUCACUUGAAGACCCAGCAAGGCAUUCUGUGAGUUGCCUGAGUGCUGUCCACGCUCCUGUAAAGACUGGUUCUUCCCAAAUCAGCCCAUAAAAUCAAUGUGAUUCCA